GUGCUCGCGUCAGCCGCUCCAAGUAUUGCGCAAGUUUCUGUCUAGGCGGCGAGCGAGUGCGUCCCAGGUUUGUUCUCAGGCGACCACGAUAGCAGUUGAGCCAUGGCAUGGUGGGCGUGGCUGUUGGUGCAGUCGGCGGUGUGGUGCUGCGCCGGCGUGGUGGCGGUGCUGUGGUGGCUGUGGGUCACCAAACCCCACGUCGACAUCCCAGGGCCGCCCACACUGCCCAUCAUCGGGAAUGCUCUGAACUUCCUGGAGCAUCCAGUGACUCUCCAAAAGAUUCGAGACUUCCACCGCCAGUAUGGAGACUUGAUGAGGUUCUACGCGGGCCCGAAACUGGUGAUAAUGGUCGCUCACCCAGACGACAUACAACACAUCCUGGUGACGUCCAAAUUGGUAGAACGAGAUCCCCUGAGCACGAGCGCCAUGUGGCCCUUCGUCGGCGACGGAUUACUCACCCUCAAUGGUAGCCGGUGGAAGACACAUCGCAAACUCAUCAACCCCACGUUUCACUCUGAGCUGCUGGAGAACUUCCUGGAGGCGUUCCACGAGGGCGGCCUCUACUUCAGCGAGCGGCUGGCCAGCGACAGCGCGGGCGGCGCCGCCCCCAUAGACGUGCACGUCGCGGCCUUCAUCGGCGCGGUGCGGAGCUUCUGCAGCGCCGCCUUCGGCGCCGACCCCGACUGGCUCAUACCGGACAUACCGGAGCACGAGUUCACUACGGCGUUAAGACGCGCCUUGGCCCUCGCACAGACGAUGAUGCUGCAGCCGUGGCGGCGGAGCAAGUUGCUGCUACGGCUGAGUUCAGAGGGCCGCGCCGUCUUUAAGUACUACGCGCACCUGCGGAAGUGUGUAGAGGAGGUCAUCGCCAUGAGGUCGGCGGCCACAGAGGAGGGACCAGCCAAGACGCGGCGGCGUCUGCUCGAGACUCUGGUGAAGCCUGGUGGGCAAACCGCCCUCCCAGUCUCGGAAGUCCGGGACGAGCUGGUGACUAUGACAAUGACCGCCACCGACACGACGGCUGUGUGCAUGAGUUACGCGCUGGCGCUGCUCGCGCUCCACCCAGAGUGGCAGGACGCGGCCCACCGGGAGCUGAAGGACGUCUUCGGCGAGGGCGACGACUACCUGCGUGCUCCUAGCCUCGCAGAGCUGGCCAGCCUCAGGGUCCUGGAGAGCAUCAUCAAGGAGACGCUGCGGCUGUUCCCGGUGGUUCCGAUGCUCUCUCGGAUGGUCAGGGAGGAGAUCUGGUUGUCCAAAGGACGGGUACGAGUCCCGAAGGGCGCGAUGCUAUUCGUGACGCCCUUCCUCACGCACCGCCUGCCGCAGUUCUUCCCAGACCCGCUGAAGUUCGACCCUUCGCGCUUCCUGGAGGGUCGAAGUGGCGAGGAGCACCCCUGCAGCUACGUGCCGUUCGGAUUGGGCUCACGCAACUGCGUGGGCUCCCAGUAUGCGCGCCUCGAGGUCAAAGUCUUCCUGGCGACCGUCUUGAGACGCUUCCGGUUUCUGCCGCACAGCCGCUGGGAGGACCUCGAACACGCCGCGCUCACCAUCACCCUACACACCAUCAAGCCGAUCGAGGUCUACUGCGUGCCUCUGCAAGAGUCUGGCCUAUAGCGCCACCACCCGACACGUCCUCGGACUUAAUUGGGUUCCUGGUCACUGCCACUAGGAGGACUUGGAACGCUACAUCCUUUCCAUCAUCUGUCACAUGAUACACAUCAGGAACUCCGCUCCUGAGAGCACUUAGGAUUGCUCUCAUGGCACUAAUAAAGCUCAUUGUUUCCUAGUCAGUAUUCACAGGAGAUUCAUCAUUUUGAUGCACAGCCAUUGAGAGGACCUGGGGCACAAUAUAUUCUCUUUCAGCCUGCACACUGCCCAGAUGAUAAGGGUUUCCUGUGUGCCUCUGCAGAUGUCCACUCUGUAGGAGCACAAUGUGCCCCUGGACCUCAGUAUGUUCGUGGUGAACAGCGAGAGUCACUUCUGUUCCUGCUAAACAGCCACUUGGAGGACUUGCAGUGCUACACCCUUUUACAUCGGCCUUCACAUCAAGCAAUCACAGACACAUGUAUGCUCCUCUUGGACCUAGCACAUCGAACUGCUCUUGUGACAUUGUCUUCCUAGCCAGUUCUCACAGGAGAUUCAGCUUCCUGUUACACAUCCAUUGGGAGCACCUGGAAGACAAAUACAUUCUCCUUAAGACUUUACAUGGUUCAUGCAAGUAGAUUCUGCUGCAUGGCACUAAUCACAUAAUAACACAUUUUACAUUGCUGGAACUCAUUCUCUUUGAGGCCAUCAUCCUAAGGCACUUCAGUUUCCUACUGCACAGCCAUUGGGAAGACCGAAUUCAUCCCACUCUCCACCAACCUACAUACUAUUGUCAUGGCCUCCUGCAUGCCCAUAAACAAACCCAGCCUGUAGCACUGCCAACACACUGCUGGCAUAUCCAGGAGGUCAUGUGCUUUCUACUAAACAGCCACUGACAGGAUAACUUCGCAUCUAUCAGCCUUCACGGCGUCUGAUCAGGGACUCUUGAGCACUUCUGCAAAGGCCUACAACAUAGAGUUACUCCCACGACAUACUAAGUUUCAAGGUUUUCCUACCCAAUACCCAGGUGAUGCACAACUGUUGGGACGAGCUGGAGGAUAGGCCACUGAGGACAAUGCAUUCUCCUUGAAACUGUGCGCCAUCCACCCAGCCUUCAAGCACGUGAUCAGGUACUCCUGCAUUCUUCUGCAGAGGAUGGCUCUCAUGACACUGCUAAACCUAAAGCCCUUCCUAUCCAAAAUUCAGGUGCUAGACAACCAUUUGGACUACCUCGAGGAUAGUUCAUUCUCUUUAAGACUGUACACCAUCCAUACAUGCAGGAUCUACCGCAUUCUAGCAAUCACAUAGCAUUGCACUCUACACUGCUCGAGCUCAUUCUUUUCCUGUUCUUCAUCCUGAGGCACUUCUGCAUCCGGCCACACAGUUAUUGUGAGGACCUGGAGUACAUCCUGUUCUCUAUCAGCCUAUAGAUUACAGGGUGAUUAGGGAUACCAGUGUGUCUCUGCAGAGGCCCAGAAAAUGGAAAAACAAGAUGGGCCUGGUCUGAGGCACUGCCAGUUCCUGCUACACAGCAGCAGGAAAUGGAUGGCAAUGCACUCUCCUUCAGAUUAUAUACACUUAUCAGCCAUAACAUUACGACCACGUGCCUAAUAGCCGGUAUCUCAGCCAUUGGAUCGGAUAACAGAGGCGACAUAUCAUGGUAUGGAAGCAGUGAGGCAUUGGUAGGUCAUUGGAGGGAGUUGACACCACAUCUGGACACUCCAGUCACCUAAUUAUCACAAAUUUCAAGAAGGCCGGCGAUGAGCUCUGACGCCACGUUCAGUGACAUACUAGGUACGUUUGGGCGAGUUAUUGCGCCAGCACGUCAAUUUGAGCUCACAACUGUGUUCCUCAAACCACUCCAUCACACUCUUGGCCUUUUGACAUGGCGCAUUAUCUUGUUGAAAAAUGCCACUGCUGUCAGGAAACAUGAUCGUCACAAAGAGAUGUACAUGGACUACAACCAGUGUAUGAUACUCCUUGGUCGUCAUGGUGUCUUGCACAAGGUCCAUCGAACCCAUGGAUGCCUAAAUGAACGUUCUCCAGAGCAUAGUGGCGUCGCUGCCAGCAUGUCUCUGUCCCACAGUAUAGGCAUCAACGAGUUGUUCUCCUGGAAGAUGGGCCAGCGGGGGUGGCCGAGCGCUUCUAGGCGCUACAGUCUGGAACCACGCGACCGCUACGGUCGCAGGUUCGAAUCCUGCCUCGGGGUCCUUAGAUUAGUUAGGUUUAAGUAGUUCUAAGUUCUAGAGGACUGAUGACCUCAGCAGUUAAGUCCCAUAGUGCUCCGAGCCAUUUGAACCUGGAAGACACUGAUGAACACUCUCCCAUUGGCAUGAUGAAGAAGGUAUCAGGAUUUAUCGGGCCAUGCUGUGCUCCAACACUGCGCCAAUGUCAAGUACCAAUAGUCAUGUGUCCAUUUCAUUUGUAACUGUCAAUGUUGUGGUUCAAAUGGUUCAAAUGGCUCUGAUCACUAUGGGACUUAACAUCUAUGGUCAUGUCCCAUAGAACUUAGAACUACUUAAACCUAACUAACCUAAGGACAUCACACAACACGCAGUCAUCACAAGGCAGAGAAAAUGUGUGGUGUUAACAUUGGCAUAUGCAUUGGUUGUCAGCUGUGGAGACCCACCGUUAGGAGUGUUCAGUGGACUUAGACACUUGUUCUCUACUCAGUAUUAAAGUCAGAUGUUAGUUCCACCUUUACUAUUUUUCCCGGCUGCUCAUCCUACGAUGUUCGACAUAUGUGAUGAGGGUUGGUCGCCAAUUUUCAGGAAGUCUGGAUGUGGUUUCACCUUGUUUUCACCACAUGUUGAAAUACUGACUGCAGCACUCCUCGAACACCAGAAAAGUAAGGCACUUUCCAAGCAGACAGACAGAUCGCUUGCCUUCCUCAUUCUUCACAUGGACAGCAUACUCAUACUCCAUGCACCAUGUGUGUGUCAGCCUAGCAGUCAUUCAUCACCAGGAGACGCUGCUAUUGCCUCGAGGGGUUUAUAUCAAUAGUAAAUCAGUGAUGAUUAUGUUCUACCUGAUCAAUGUUUAAUCCAUUCAAUCAGGGUCUCUUGUUUGCCUAUGCAGGGUCUCAUCACAUAGAGCACCCACCAAAUAACUAGACCCGUCAGUCUCCAUAGCCAGUACCCAGAGGAGACUUUGUUUCCUGCUACAUGCUCACUGGAAGGAUAAUACAAUUUUAUCACCAUAUAGAUCAUCUAUCUGAUGACCGUCUCGUUUGUUCCUACGAAAAGCCUAAUAUCAUCACUGUCCAUUCUGCAGAAGUUUAAGUUCUUCCUGGCCAAAAUUUGGAGUGUUUCCCUUUACUACAACAGGUCUUUUGGGACGACAUGGCAUACAAUGCAUUAUCCACUGGGAUACAUAACAUCCAGUUAAUCAGUCUUGAGAUGCUUAGGCCCACAAUAACAAACACUGAUGCUGGUCAGAGUCUUCCUGGCCAGUGGCCGAAGGUUCAUCCACUUCCUGCUGUGCAGCUGCUGGAAUAGGCCUGGCAGUCAAUGUACCCACUAUCAGACAGUACACUAUCCAGCUGAUCAGGGCCUCCUGUAUGUCUUCUGCUUAUGCAAGAACCCAGUGUAAGCUGUCCAUGCAGGUUGAGUCUUUUGCAUACUUCUAUACGAGCCCACUGCAUACCAUAACACUCCACACUAUUAGAACUCAGGGUCUUCCUGGCCACCAUCCUGAAGCGCUCCCACUUCCUGCCACACUGGUGCUGAGAUGAUCUGCACCACAAUGCCCACUCAGUGCCCUACACCCUGGUCAAUCAGGGCUUCCUUCAUGUCUCUGGAGAAUCCCAGCAUAUACUACCACCAUUCGCACGGAUGGAGCUGAAGGUCUUGCUGGUCAUUGUCAGGAGGUGAUUUUGUAUUCUGCUGCAGAGCAGCUAGAAUGAUGUAGGGGACAGUGCACCGCCUGCUAGCCUCCACACUGUCCACCACAUGUCUCUGCAGGUGCCCCAGCGGGCAGCACAUAUGACUGCUGUCCACACUGAUGGGCAACAAGCUGCAGCUUAUCUGAUGAGUGGUUUCUGAUGAGCACUUCGAAUUGAGAUUUCUCUAUUAAGAUGCACAUACUGAUCUAUAUAUGCAAUAAUUUGUUGAUACUCCAAUUUUAUUGUGUAAAAUAUCGCUUCUGUUGUUAAUGUUUGUCUUCUGACAAAGUGUAGAACUGUUUCUCUUAUUGAUGUGUAUGGGUAUUGUCUAGGUUGUAAUUACUGAGAUAAUCUGGAAGCAUUAUUCUCUACGAAAAGUAAUGCUAUGGUUAAUUAGGGAUAUAUUUUAUCUAUGUAAUAUUUUGUCAAUGUUGAUUAUAUUUGGUGGAGAAACAAGAUAAUAUGCAUUGCUGUGUCAGGAAUAGGACGUGAGAAUAUAUACAGAGCGCUAUGUGGAUAUUAUGAUAUGACCGUUUUGAGUAUUUUGCUAAGUGAAAGCGACAUGAAGACCGUGGUAUGCUGCAUUAUAAUGCAAAUGGAAGUUACUGCUGUUUUAAACUCAACUACUAUUAAAGGAGUGUGCUGGUGCACUUGAGCUGUGCGGGAGAUGGAGUUUUGAUAAGAGGGAAUUCUUAAUAAGAACUGUGUGAAAUGUAUUAGUUAAAUCCUGAAACUGUAAUUUUGUUCCUCAGAGAUUUUAAGCAAUCAACUUUUCUGUGAGCAUUGAAAUGAAGUUCAGGCAGACAAUAUCUGACCGAUUGUAUGGGCCAUUCGCUCAUUUUGCACUUUGUGUGUGUUUGUGUGUGAACUAAAAUAAAUGUACACAAUCUAAUAAAAUAAACCUGGAAAUUGUGUGUGCUGUUGACAGUA